AAAUAGAUAUUCAUGAAUAAAUAAAUAAUUUUUGAAAAAACACAAAAUUUGCGAUACUUUUUGAACACACCUCGUAAAUGCUAAUAAAGCAUCGCGACAACAACUCAAGGAAAUGCAGCGUCAUAAUCGCGCUUUGGAGGGGCGUGGUUUACAUUUGUCUCCGUAGAAACGUGGUAGCGGUGUUAAGAGAAAAAGCGGAAAAAAAACGUCGUGGACGAAAACAUUGAAGAUGCUCGAAUUGCCGCGCUCUGGUAUCACGACGAAUGAGCAGUUGUAUCGCUCGGCGUAUCGAUUGCAUAUUCCGUUUUUCAGAGGCGUAUUUAUGCGCGAUGCGCUUCCGACAAAGCCGCGUCGCACUGAGAGUGGAAUCGUAAACCUUGAUGACUCGACAGGGCCGAGCACCCAUUGGGUUGCUUAUGCAAAGAGAGGAAAUAUUGCGAUUUACUUCGAUGGUUUCGGCAAUCUUUGGCCGCCGAAAGAACUCGAGCGAUAUUUGGGGAAUGAUAUAAAUUUACUGUACAAUCGACAUUCGUAUCAGACGUUUGAUCAGAGCAUUUGUGGACAAUUGUGUUUACAGUUUCUUUGGGAGAUCGAUUCAAAAAAGAAAGUUUAUCGGUUUUCGUCAUGUCGUUGACUCUCACGCUAAUUGGAAGAAGCAGCGUCCUUUCGGCGAGUUACUUUCUCGCUUUGGAUCUCAACGAUGGCGAGUACGAGUUGGGACUUGCGAAUUUUGAAACGUAUAAUACAAUACCAAAUAUUAAUUCUACGAACAAUAAGUUUUACUUUGAUGAUAAAACGAUAACGAUUCCCGAAGGAUCAUACGAAUUACCAGCUAUAAACAGAUUUUUGAGAGCUGCCAUAUUUCGCGAGCAACGAAUAAGUAGCCGCGACGAAAGAUAUUCUGAUGUAAUUGCUGAUGAUAUCGGUUACCUUUUUGAUUACGAGGAUGACAAUGAUAAAAAGGGUGAACGUUCAAUAAUUAUUCGCGCCAACGACAAUACUAUGAAAAGUGAGAUACGAUGUGCCUUUCAAGUCGAUUUUACCCAACCGGAGAAUAUCGGUUCGUUAUUGGGUUUUUCAUCUCGCAUAUUACAACCGAACAAAUGGUACGCUUCUGAUGAACCAGUAAAUAUCAUGAAUGUAAAUAUUAUUUGCGUAGAAUGUAAUAUUACUACAGGCGCGUAUAGCAAUGAUAAGCCGGUGCAUACGAUUCACGAAUUUGCGACGAACGUUCCACCGGGAUAUAAAUUGUCGAUCACACCGGCUCAAAUCAUUUAUCUCCCCGUCAUUGCGCGGAGUGUCACCGAUAUUACGUUGCGUGUAGUCGAUCAGAACGGACGAUCGAUCGAUUUUCGCGGUGAGGAGGUAACGAUUCGACUUCACUUACGACGAAAAUGAUAGAUAUGUUCGCAUGCGAAUGAUGCUCAUUCUGAACGAGUUUCACGCAAAGGAAAGUGCAUCGCAAACGUAUUAUCCGGAAAGAGACGGGAAUAACAUCGUAAGGACGAGAGGAAGAAGACGUGAAUUGACGACAGCAAAUGUUGCGUUUUUACGAUCGCUUGGUUUCGUUGUGAGAAAAGAAUAUGGCCCAGGAUAUUCUAAGUAUCGGAGGUGAGCCCGUCUUCGACGAUCGUAUUGUUAAAAUCGAAACUCACACUUACAAUCCGUAUGCAAACAUCACUUUUGGAUAUAGCGAUGAGAUACGCAUACCGAUAUAGCAGCAGGAUUUAUAUACUCUACCAUGUGAGAGUUUUCUGUACGUCGAGGGAAAGUUUUCGCUAAAACAGAUUAACACGCCGUCAACAUCGAAAGAUAAGGAUAGUUCGACAAUGACGCCAAUGAGAAGAGUUAAUAAUUGUGUAGCGUUUAUGUUCGAUGAGAUUCGAUAUGAACUCGAUGGCGUAGAGAUUGAUAGAAAUAGAAACGUAGGCAUAACGAGCACAAUGAAAAAUUAUGUAUCGCUAACAGAUGAUCGAAGCAGAACAUGGAAAAACGCGGGAUGGGACAUCGCGAUGCAACGGACUGCGGGGGAAUUCAGCUAUUGUGUACCUCUCAAUGUUCUUCUAGGAUUUUGCGAGGAUUACAAACGUCUGAUUAUUAAUACGCGUCACGAAUUUAUUCUUAUACGCGCACGCAAUGACGCUAAUUGCAUAAUUGCAAAUAUUUCCUCAGACGAACAGGUACUAACUCUAUUAAGAGUACAAUGGAAGAUGCCACACGUGAUGUUGAACGAUGUUAACAAAUUGGCGCUUUUACGAACAUCGGAGAGUGGUCGAUAUCUUAGCAUGGGCUUUCGAUCUUGGGACUUGUACGAGUUUCCGCUAUUACAGAGCACUACCAAACAUUCGUGGGCUGUAAAAACUGCUACACAAUUGGAAAAACCGCGAUAUAUAAUUUUCACGUUGCAAACAGGAAGACGAAAUAUUUUUGCGGAAGACGUUUCUAAAUUCGAUCAUUGUAAACUUACCAAUGUAAAAUUAUAUUUAAAUUCUGAAUUUUAUCCUUACGACGAAUUUAGAUUAUGAUAAUCAUAAGUACGCUAUAUUGUACGAUAUGUACACAAAAUUUAGAAAAGUUUAUUAUGGAUGUAAUCGCGAACCUCUUUUGUCUUUCGUAGAUUUUUUGGACAAUGGCCCUCUUGUGGUUAUUGAUUGUUCGAGGCAAAACGAAUCGGUAAAAAGCGCCACUGUAGAUGUUCGCAUUGAAUUUGAGUGUAAAGAAAAUAUUCCGGAAAAUACUACGGCUUAUUGUCUUAUUAUUCAUGAUAGAGUGGUGCAAUAUAAUCCUCUAACGAAUGUAGUACGCAAAAUCGUGUAGUGAAUAUUAAAACCGCAAACCUCGAUAGAGAUAACAUCAAUGCUACUACUACUGUUACGCAACGUAUCAUCGCCGAUCUAUAAAAAACCCAUUCGCUUCUACAAAAAAUCAGACACAAUCAGACAGUUGUUACAGUUCGCAUCUAUCGUUUGUUUUUUUCAUCUUUUUUAACAACAAAAAUGGCACGCACUCGUGAAUUGAGUGACGUACCAAUUUUUGUCGACUUACAAGGAUUUAUCAUGGGCGACAUUUUUCGAGUCAAGGAGGUAGCUGUUUUGCGACGGGGCGACGAACUUACACAUUAUGUAUUUCGUGCGCCAUUAGCAUGGAAUCUUCUGACGAAGGAUGAAAAACAACAAGCAAAUUGGUUAACGGCUCAUCACCAUCAUUUGCAUUGGAAGGAUGGUGAUAUUGAGUUUCGACAAGCAAAAAAACUAAUUAGAUGCGUUGUGCUUGACGGACUAUUUGAUGGUAAGGAUGACGAAAUCAUCAUAUACGUUAAAGGGCUUCAAAAAAAGACGUGGCUGCAACAGUAUCUUGACGAGGAUCACGAGUGCAGAAUAGACAGUAUCGAGGUUGAUUUCGAGGAUAUUGAGAGACUUAGGGAUUUGAAAGCAUCGAGAUCGUUCCACUGCAGACGUCAUGUUAAAAAUUGUGCUAUGGAUAAUGUUAUUAAAUUGUACAAAUGGUGGUCGCAACGCGCGAGGAAUCUAUUUCCACCAUCAAUUCCACAUUCACCAAGAGAUAAAAAGAAGAGAAAUAAGAGAGAGACUCGAGAUCUCGAUAUUGAUGAAUUUUGCGACGAUGACGAUGAUGACGGCGGCGGUAAUGGUGACAUUAUUGAGGAUGACGAAAGUAUCGAUAACGAUGCUGACCGCAAACGAGGACGCAAUGGAAGACUUUCGGCGCCUUUUACUUCUUCCGACGCUAAUAACUUAACAGAAAUACGUUCUCUGGCACUAUAAUAACAGAGUGAUAACGAGGAUGAUGCUGAUGACGACCACAACCGCGAUAAGAAGUUUUUAACCGCCUUUUGUUCUCUUUGAUAAACUUACGCGAUUCAAUGCUUUAAUUAUACGCUACCGUUAGCGCAGUAUUACUAACAAGAUUGUAUUAUCUUUCAUAAAGCUACUAAUAUACAUAAUUAUACGUUUUCGCAUUAUUGCGCAAUUCUCUUAUGAUAAAUAAAAAAAAGUUAUUUUACAAUCGGUAUCUUUUUUUGCCGACAUUCCCUCCCUCCUCUUUCAGAGUUUGUAUCACAUCCUUAUAAGUAGCCGAAAUCACAGCUUGAUCAGUUUAGUAGUCUUCUAGUUGCGAAUACGCUCUCAAACUGUUCGAGAUGCAUGUCACGCUCAUUUUUGUCGUUGCCAUUAUAUUUGCUAUUAAGCCAGAGAAUUGUGUGACUCAGGAUGUCGAUGUGAUAUUGUAUCUUUACAAAUAUGGCUAUCUUGACGAUAAUAAUACGCAACUUUCGAUGGAUAAUUCGAGUGUAACUCAUGCACUUGCGCUUUUUCAAGAAUAUUAUCAAUUGUCUGGUGACAGUAUUUUGAAUAACGUGACAUUAGAUGUGAUGCGUCGACCGCGAUGCGGUAAUCGGGAUAUUCCACACUACAAACAAAAUAGGCAAACGCCAAAGUGGACAAAAACGCAUUUAACGUGGAAUUUUCAAUUUGCCGAUAAAUUAACUUUGACAAUGGCUGAACAGGCAUUUUCUUUGUGGGUAGCAAAGACACCGUUAACUUUCGAGCGUAAAAUACUGGGGCCCGAUAUUAUGAUAUCGUACGAGGCGAGUAGACACACGAUGUCGGAUUUAUUCAACGCUCAAAUCUGCAGAGAAGUAUUUGACGGAAAAGGUGGAGUUGUUGCACACGCGAUACCUAUGGGUUUCUCUACCAAUGGACCUAUCGCUGCUGCUGACAUUUACGUUGAUAACGCAGAACAAUGGUUUAUACAAUUGAAAAAAAAUCCUCCGAAUACAAUGCAUUUGCUUCGCGUGCUCGCACAUGAGAUCAGUCACGCUCUAGGAUUAGAGCACAGCACCUGUAAGGAUGCAGUAAUGUAUGCUUAUGGUUCUAGUCUAGAGCCGUAUCCCGUGGAAUUGUCUAUUGAUGACACACUAGCUAUUCAGAAUUUAUACGGAGCCAAGAACAAUGAGGUUGUGAAUGAAAUAGCUACGACGACUACGACGAUAAAACCCACUGAACAAAUUCCCGAAUACUUAAAUAUAUGUGAUGCGCCGUAUAUAGAUAAUAUGUUGUUAUUAGAGAAUAAAAUGUUUAUUACGUACAAACAAUAUGCAUGGUCAAUGGAUAUAGAGGAUAAAAAAUAUAGCAAAUCAAUCGUAUUGGCAGAUUAUAUGACUUUUCUUCCCAAAAAUGUCUCCAUAACGGCGGCGUAUCAAAGAGCCUCAGGUGAUAUUGUAUUAUUUGUGAGAAAUAAAAUUUUCUUACUUGAGUAUCCCAGUUUUACCCUGAAAUCUGGUUGGCCAAAAAAUAUCACGAAUAUAGGCUUAUCCUCGGACGCGGAAAUCAUUACCGUAAUAAAUACUAACAAGGGAAGAACUUAUAUUAUUUUUAAUGAAAACAACGUAGCCGAGAUAAAUGAAUGCACUAUGAGCGUAGUUAAAUAUUUUGCAUUGCAAACGAUAUUUCCUGGGAUUUCAAUCACUGUCCAAUCGGCUUUUCGCUAUGUCGACGGUCAUAUUUAUUUUUUCGAUAAGAAACAUUUUUAUAAAUUUAACGAAUUCACAAAAACCGUUGUAAUGGCUGGUAGAUUUAAUUUAAUGCUGUUCGGUGUCGAAUGUCCGAAAAAUGGAAUAAUACAACAGUUACGCGAUUUUCUAAAUCGACUUAUUGAAGAUAAUUCCUCGCCAAAAAAAAAACCACCUAUAAUGAUAAAGAAUGAGAAAUGUAUGAUAAAGAAUGAGAAAUGAAUUUUUUUUUUAUUUUUUUAUACAUGGGAAAAUCCUCAUGGAUACCUCCUCCUUCCCGAGGUGGAAGGAGGGGUUAUGUCGGACUCUUACCGGCUAAAACCCCAUGAUAGUACUACGUUUUUUAGUUUUAGCAGUACCCCGUCUAGUUUUUUAGACAAAUCUACUGUAACUUGCAAUCCUUCGUUAGUAUAUGUAUAACGAUCCAGCUAGCAACAUCGUACAAGGAUGUAUUCGCUCCCAAGUGAAGAACAUAUUUGUGUCGACUAUGAAAAUGAAGGCUCGCAAAAGAAGAAGCGAACGUUCAGCGCCAAAAAUGUUGACAACAUUCCUUCGGAGCAGGAGAGCAGCGAGAAUCGAAACGCAAAGAGAAGAAGAAAUGAUAACGAUACGGAACAGGAAAGUGGCAGCGAUGAGAUCAGAAAAAUUACACGUUCCUUCGGAUAUUAGAGAGAAGAUACCUCCUAACAAAAACAGGGUAUAAAUAUAUAGACAUUGGCAUUGUCGUGAACACCCCAUUCGCCCGAUACGUGGAAGGCUUUAGUCGAUCAAAAACGCCUUGUGAUGUCACACCUACACUCGAGCAACGACGAUGAGUCACAAUCUCAAUCCCGAAUGUAUAUUGGAAACUUUACAUUGCGAUUUGGUAAAUUGAAUAAUGUUCCACUGCUACGAAUUGAGACACCGACAGCCCGUCUAGCAUUAUCUAAAAGUACCGUCUAUAACAUGUUUAAUUUGGAACAUUGCGUAAACCGCUUGAUUUAUUCGCUGACCGCAAUAACUGCGAACGUUGAUGCGAAAUUAUCGCGAUUUCUCUCGAUCGCGUCUACUGUUUCCGAUCAUGCUAAUAUUUCGAAAGCUAUUCGCGAAUAUGAAUCUUAUGAUAAAAACGACAUUGUUGAAUGUGAGUUGCUAGCUUUAUACUUUGGUUCUUUUUAUGACAAUUGAAACAGUGAAAGAAAUAAAUGUAUUCAAAAACAAAGAAAAAACUAUUAUAAAUUAUUGUACUAUGAAAUAAUAA